UAAACAGCUCUGACAUUUGGCUGGUAGGCAUCUCUGUCCUACGCUCUCUUGGCAACUACCGCUUAGAAAGUCGCACCCAGGCUCCGUGCUGACGCCUUCGCUUGGGCUGCGAGUUUCUUGCAGGGUUUCUGAAGGCGGGUGGGAUAAACGAAAAGAAGAGCGUGGUCUCGGAAUCUUCGGGAAGCGGGACCCGUGCCUUCUACCUCAGGGCAACAGAAACAUAGGUGGGUCUUGGAGGAGGGACUGAGUCGCAGUUCGAGGGCGGACGGCAGCAGCGGCUCAGGGGAAGGUGACUGUGAGAUCCAUCGCUCCCAGUCGGAACAGUCGGCCUGGACAGGGCUUUAAUGGUUGCUUUAUCCGAAGACUGCGCUAGGAGUGUUUGGAUCUGUGAUUCCAGCUGUCCAAAAGGGCCAAUACAGACGCUCUGCCAAGGAGGUCGGUAUCUGGACUGGUUUCAGCUGGGAAUUGACUGUAUUUUCCUGCCUUCAGUGACAGAUGAAGUUGAAGUCAUCAGUGCUUUGAGACUGCUAAGCUCUGGGUGUUCAGUCCCACAUCUAGUGGCUCCUGCAGAGUCUUUUCAAGGCUUUAUUUCCAUCAAGCCAGCGCUAAGCUAAUUGCAGUGUUUUGAGUGGAGAAUCUAGGACCAAGCCAUGAAUAUCCUCUCACUCUCAUGACUCUGUACAAUUCUCCUUCUCUCAAGUGUAUCCCAGUAUCCUCUGCGUGUUUCCAGGGGCAAAACCAAAACCAAGCAACGUUCAAACAUCAUGAAUGAAUAUGUGGAGUUGGUGUCGUUUGAGGAUGUCACUGUGAAGUUCACCUGGGAGGAGUGGCAGAAUCUCAACGAUGCUCAGAAGAUGCUGUACAGGAGUGUGAUGCUGGAGACGUAUAAUAGCCUGCUGUCACUGGGGCAAUGCAUCCGUAAACCUGAGUUGAUCUUCAAAUUGGAACAGGGAGAGGAGCCAUGGACAGCAGAAGAAACUGCAAACAAGACUUUGCCAGUAUUCUGCAGUGUGGACGGCAUAAUUGAGACCAACCAGAAGAGUCAAGAGAGACAUUUGUGGCAAGUUACCACCAACAGCCACAAUAGAGCAACUGAGGAAGCAGAUGGAUUAGAAGACACUUUUUAUUUGUACUCCAUGAAUAUUUCAAGUUUUGUUGUAAGUAAUAGAAACAGUUCAGGAGUGAAACCUGAGGAGUUGAAUGGAUACCUGAAUAGAUGUCUCCCUUCGGAGCCUCAUGGAUUAUGUAUUGUAGAGCAAUAUAAUGACCGUUGUGUAGCAGGGAAAGCUGUCAGAUGUCCUGAGCAGUUGGGUCAGUGUUCUAAUAUUGAAACUGGACAGCAGGAUUUCGAAUAUAUCAGAGAAAGGAAAGAUACAAAGGAGGGAAAACUAUUGAAAAAAAUUACUCUAUCUAAGAGACGUCAAGUGGGACUGACUUCUUGUAAGCAUAGUGAGUGUGAGCAGCUUUCUGCUCAGUCAGAUGCCAUGGCUAAUGUAGGGAAGGCAACUUUUAGUAAGAAGUGUAAUCUCACUAAACACCAAGCAGCAUACUCAGGGGGAAAAUCUUGUAAAUGCCUUGAAAGUAAGAAAACCUUUACCAGUGAAUUAGACAUUAUAGAACACCAGAGGACACAUAACCAGAAAAAAGACCAUGUGUGUAUUCAGUGUGAGAAACCCUUUAGCACUAAAUCUUCCCUUACUAUUCAUCAGAGAAUUCACACAGGAGAAAAGCCCUUUGGAUGUAGUGAAUGUAAUAAAACCUUCAGACAAAAGUCAGCUCUCAUUGUACACGAGAGGACUCAUACUGGAGAGAAACCCUUUGAAUGUCAUGAGUGUGGUAAAGCCUUUCAACAUAAGUGGUACCUCAAAACGCACCAGAGAACUCAUACUGGGGAGAAACCAUAUGAGUGUAAAGAAUGUGGAAAAGCCUUUCUAAAGAAGUCAUACCUCAAAAUGCAUCAGGGAACUCACAAGAGUGAUAAACCAUAUGAAUGUGAGAAAUGUGGAAAAACCUUCCAUAACAGGUCAUACUUCAACAUGCAUCACAGAACUCACACAGGUGAGAAGCCCUAUGCAUGCAGUGAGUGUGGAAAAGCCUUUUACCAAAAGUCAGACCUCAGGAGGCAUCAGAGGAUCCAUAACAGUGAGAAAUUACAUGAAUGUAAAGAAUGUGGAAAAGCCUUUCAAAAUAAGUCGUACCUCAAAACGCACCAGAAAGUUCACACAGGUGAGAAACCGUAUGAGUGUAAAGAGUGUGGGAAAGCAUUUCAGAACAAGUCAUAUCUCAACAAGCAUCAGAUAAUUCACACAGGUGAAAAGCCCUAUGAAUGUAAUAAAUGUGGGAAAACGUUUCAGUGGAAGUUAGUCCUCAGUAAGCAUCAUAGAAUCCACACAGGUGAAAAGCCCUAUGAAUGCAUUCAGUGUGGAAAAAUGUUUGGCUACAAAUCAUCCCUCAUUGUACAUGAGUUGAUUCAUUCUGGGGAGAAACCUUAUGAAUGUAAUGUAUGUAGAAAAACCUUUUCACAGAAGUCAAACCUAAGUAGGCAUCAGAGAACUCACCGACAUGGGGAGCUAUGAUAGGAACGGGUAUGGAUGUGGUCACAUGUUCUGCCUGUUCCCUGGAGGUGCCCAGCAGUAAAUACACUGACUUGGGGAAGACAAGGUGAAGUCAAGGACAGGGGUCUGCAGUCUGUGUUCCUCUUGGGGUGUCAGACACUUCUGCAUACCUGGUUGAAAGGGUGAAAACAGUCCAGGAGGGGAAGGAGCUUGGUCUGGCUUGGAGCGGGUGACAGAGGGGCAGGAGAAGAGAGAGGUCUUCUUCAGGAGAUCUAGUGUGAUGGCUCCUUUAGGUGAAGGCCUUCCCUGAGGCAGUCUUUAAUGAAGAAGCCCUCUGAGAUGACCUUAGCUUAUUUGUAUUGCUUUAUUUGGUGUGGAUAGGCUUUAUUCUGGGUGAACAAGGGAUUCUGUAAUUUUGGGGAAGGGUAUGAGAAUAUCCAGGAAGGGAAAAUGAUUGGCUGAAGGCUAAGGUUAUUGAGAUGCCUCAUUAGCAUGGAGAGGUGUUCCAGGUGCUGUGCUAUGUGACUGACUUCCUAUGGCCACAUUAGUUAUGGUUCAUGAUUACAAGCUCCAGAGUGGGACAUGGAGGCAGGGAGGGGGCAGCCCUACUCCUGCUGUCUCAGAUCGCCAAGGUUCCCAGAGUUUGAGCAUACUUCCACCUCACCAGUCUCAUGCCCAUCUGGUGGCACAGUCCACCUGCCCUACUUCCAGAAAGAUCUUUAAGCCUCAGAAUGCAUCAAGAAUGACAAGCAAGAAUCCACCCUAGGGGCUGGAGAGAUGGCUCAGCAGUUAAAGAGUACUGACUGCUCUUGCAGAGGUUCUGAGUUCAAUUUCCAGCGACAAAAGAGGGUAUCUGAUGAUGUGUCUGAAGACAGCUACAGUGUACUCAUAUAAAUAAAAAGUUUUAAAAAAGAAUCCACUUCAGUUUGAGUAGUGUUCUUUGUAUAAAACAAAUGUCAAUUUAUAAGAGAGAACCUACGUAGGGUUAAGAAAGUUGAAGAAUGUGUUGAAUGACUGUGAAGGAAGUUUCCCCAGUACUUGUGUUGAAAGCUUAUAAAAACACUCACGUAGGAAUGAAUUUUUUUAAAUGUAAUAACUGAGGAAAAAUGUCCUCCUAGAGGUCAAAACUUGGAGUGCAGCUAAGUAUUUACUUAGGAGGAAACAUGAAUGUAAAGAAUAUAAAAGUUUCACACCUGGCAUGGUGGUGCACAUCCUUAAUCCCAGCACUCGGGAGGCAGAGGC